AUGGCCUGUCCAGCAUUAGAACACGCAGCGAAACUCGUCCCUCCUCCUCCGCCUGGAGCGCCGCACAGCGUUCCCGUUGCCGGCACCGAGCAAAGCGGGAGAAGCGCCAUAUACAGGCAUUGGAGACAGACGGAUGGACUGUUGCACACCCUCGAUCCAGACGUCAAGACAGCGCACGAUAUCUUCGAACAGACAGCCAAAAGGUUGCCGAAGGGCAACUGUCUAGGAGCUCGUCCGUACGAUCCUCAUACAAAGACCUUUGGGCAGUUCCAAUGGCAGAGUUACGCGGGAGUGCAAAAGCGGAGGGCGGACUUUGGCGUUGGGCUGGUGGCUCUACAUGAACAGCUCGGAAUCAAGGCGAAGCAAUACGGUGUUGGACUGUGGUGUCAGAAUCGCCCGGAAUGGCAGAUUGUCGAUCUGGCGUGCAUGUCGCAAUCGUUGUACAGCGUUUCCAUCUACGAUACGCUGGGCCCGGACACGACGGAGUACAUCAUCAACCACGCGCAGUUGACUUCCGUCUGCACUUCGCUGUCGCAUGUCCCGACGCUGCUGAAGCUUGCACCGAGAUGUCCGAGCUUGAAGCUGAUUAUCUCGCUGGACCCGUUGGAGACUGGCGAGGAGCUGGCGGGGACGUCGAAGAAGGCUCUGCUGAACGCCAUGGCUGCCGAACACGGCGUACAGGUAUAUCCCAUGAGCGAAGUCGAGAACCUUGGCGAAGCAGCGCCUCAGCCAUACCAAGUACCGCGUCCGGACGACAUCGUGACCAUCAACUACACCAGCGGCACGACCGGCAACCCAAAGGGCGUGAUGCUCACGCAUGCGAACGCUGUUGCUGCGGCUUCAACGGCUCUGUCGAUGACACAGUUUCAGGGUAACGAUGUCAUCUGUUCGUACCUACCGCUGGCGCAUAUCUAUGAGCGUGUGACCGAGCACUCAGCUCUGUGGGCUGGGACGGCCAUUGGGUACUUUCAUGGUAACAUUCUAGAGCUGACGGAUGACCUGAAGAUGCUGCGACCGACCUCCUUCGUCAGUGUUCCGAGGCUGUACAACAGAUUCGGUGGCGCUAUCAAGGGCCAAACGAUCCAGCAAGCAGGCUUCAAGGGGGCGCUGUCCCGGCGAGUCGUCAACACCAAACUCGCCAACAUGAACGACGCAGCGCCCGGCAAAGCGACUAACAAACACAUGCUCUACGACCGCAUCUGGUCCCGCAAAGUCGCCGCCGCCCUGGGUCUCGAACGCGCCCGCACCAUGGUCUCCGGCUCCGCGCCCAUCGACCCCUCCCUUCAGCAGUUCCUCCGCGUCGUCUUCUCCAACAACUUCAUCCAAGGCUACGGCCUCACGGAAACCUACGCCAUCGGGCUCGCCCAACUCUCGGGCGACUUCAGCUCCGGCACCUGCGGGGCGGUCGCGCCAGCCACAGAGCUCUGCCUGAUGGACGUGCCGGAUAUGGAAUACCUGUCCACCGACUCCCCGCACCCACGGGGCGAGCUACUGAUCCGCGGGACGACGGUGUUCAAAGAGUACUACAAAAACGACGCCGAGACGCAGAAGGCCUUCACCGAAGACGGCUGGUUCCGCACCGGCGACAUCGCGUCUGUCGACGAGCUGGGCCGCUUCCGCAUCGUGGAUCGCGUGAAGAAUGUCCUCAAGCUUGCGCAGGGUGAGUACAUUUCCCCCGAACGCAUCGAGAACGUGUAUCUCGGAAACCUGCCCUGGCUCGCGCAGGGGUACGUGCAUGGCGAUAGCACGCAGUCGUCGCUGGUAGCGAUCUUCGGUUUCCAACCGGACAUGUUCGCCGGGUUCGUGAGUAAAGUGCUCGGCAAAUCGAUCUCGCAGACGGAUAUCCAGGCCCUCGCAGCCGCGGCGCAGGAGCAGAAGGUGCGGAAGGCGGUGUUGGCGGAGCUGGCGAAGGUGGGGAAGAAGGCCAAGUUUAACAGUUGGGAGAAUGUGAAGGCGGUGCGGGUGUUGGCCGAGCCGUUUAGUAUUGAGAAUGAGAUGUUGACGCCGACAUUGAAAUUGAAGCGGCCGCUGGCGGCGAAGAAGUAUCGGGGGUUGAUUGAUGAGAUGUAUCGGGAGAUUGAGGAGGGUGGGCAGGUAAGGGCGAAGUUGUGA